AUGCCAGGAGUUGUCACUGAUUCAGCGAUGGCUGGUGACCAUGCUAUAGAAUAUGGACCAGCCGGAUACAAGGGAUUUCUCAAAGAAAUCCGAAUCUUUGGCCUGGCAUGUUUUGCCACGAUUGGAGGCUUUCUCUUCGGCUACGACCAAGGAAUUAUUUCUGGCGUGCUGGUCAUGCAUAGCUUUAAAACCCAUUUCCCCAAUCUUUCCUCCGACGCCGGUCUCGAAGGAUGGGUCGUUUCGAUUAUGACACUCGGUGCUAUGGUCGGCGCGUUCAUCAAUGGGCCCAUAUCGGACCGCUUCUCUAGACGUUGGUCAAUCUUGAUCGCAAAUAUAAUCUUUCUGAUCGGUUCGGCGAUACAGGCGGCUGCAGAAAAUGUCGCCAUGCUCUUCGUUGGCCGUUUAAUCUUCGGCGUGGGUGUUGGUAUGUUGGCAAUGGUUUGUCCGCUUUACCUUUCUGAGCUUGCGCCUCCAAAUAUUCGAGGAUCUCUCGUGGCGUUGCAGCAGCUAUCUAUCACAUUUGGUAUCAUGACCAGUUUCUGGAUCAAUUAUGGUACUCAGUAUAUCGGGGGCACGGGUGUCGGCCAAAGUCAGGCUGCCUGGAGACUUCCACUUGCGCUACAGUGCUUUCCAUCUAUCAUUCUUGCGACCGGCACAUUUUUCUUGCCAUAUAGUCCACGAUGGCUGAUGAAUCAGGGCCGUGAAGAUGAAGCGCUACAUACCUUAGUAAAGCUGCGACGAGUCCCCGAGACAGACCAUCGUUUACAAACAGAGUUCCUCGAGAUCAAAGCAGCUCGCAUGUUUGACCAACAAACUAAAGACGAGAAGUUUGGCAAAGACUCAUCCCGAUUUCUUGUUGCGCUGCAAGAAUACAAGGAACUCUUCGUCGCACCUCAUCUGAGAAGGAGAACUAUGGUUGCAUGUCUUCUACAAGUGAUUCAGCAAUUUACGGGCAUCAGUAUGUUGCUAUAUUGGAAGACGAAAGACAAUGAACAUGCUAAUAAUGUUACCGAAUUGACAGAUGCGAUCAUUUACUACGCGCCUCAAUUCUUUGAAGCAAUCGGACUCAGCGGAAACUCAGUCAACCUUUUAGCCACAGGAGUUGUGGGUAUUGUCUUCUUUCUUUCUACCAUUCCCGCGGUCAUGUACCUGGACAGAUGGGGCCGAAGGAAGACAUUGAUGUACGGUGCCACUGGAAUGUCUAUCGCGCAACUAAUUGUAGCUACUUUGUACGCCGUGUACAAAGACACCUUUAGCUCGCAUCCUUCCGCAGGUUGGACGGCCUGUGUAUUUGUGUGGGUGUAUAUUGGCACAUUCGCCUUCUCCAUUGCCUGUGUUAAUUGGAUCAUGCCUUCUGAAAUGUUCCCACCUGCGAUCCGAGGUAAGGCUGUUGGACUUGCGAUCGCUUUUAACUACCUUUCCAAUUUUGUCGUUGCAUUGAUCACUCCACGCAUGCUUGAAAGCAUUACAUUUGGCACAUUCUACUUCUUCUUGGUUUUCUGCCUUGUACUGGGAAUUUGGACGUACUUCUGUGUUCCUGAGACAAAGGGGGUACCGAUCGAAGAAAUGGACAAACUAUUUGGCGGUAAUGACGGCGAGGGGGAUUUGCGGAGGAUUGCCGAAAUCCGUGAACAGCUUGGAAUGGGAGGUAGUGCGGGACUCAAGAGUAACCUGCUUCGGAAAGAGAAAAGCAGCGAGCAUAUUGAAAAUUCUGUUUGA